UAUCACUCGUCAGGCUGCCUUAGCCGUUUUUGUUUGCUUGAUUACCGGGCGGUGUUUACGUGGCCGGGACUUUUUUCACGAACCAAAGGCAGAGCAUCAACUAUUCCUGCCACUCUGGCUCCCGCGUCAGGCAUGCGCCCUAUUAGACCGCGAAGAUGACCAGGCUCCGCGGAGCUUCAGUGAGUUCGCCAGACAUUUCGCGUGACAGUCCGCAGUUUUACCGGUCGAAACUCCCACCGAACACGCCGGAGAUUAUUGUUCAGAAUACAGUCGAGGUGUCGCAUCCGUCCCAGGUCUUGCCGUGGUAUCGCGAUGAUCGACGAAGGCAGUUUCAUCUCUUGGUUCGCAGAUAUAAGAACCAAGUACUCUACGGAUGCCAGGACCCCAACUGCCUUACACCGACUUGUGCCAGUUACCGGAGGAGAGUUACCGAGGGACCGUUUCGUCGCUACACCGAGUUAAGCGCCCGGACACUGGCUUGCUACCUAGCAAGCCUGGAUAAUGCAGAAAAUGGCCUUUGUCGCAAUUCUCUCAGAUCUUCAUGGGACUCAUCGCACGAUGCGCCACGUCGAUCCAGACGACGCAGCCGUGGACUUGCGGAACACGACCAGACAACAAAACAUGGGAAUUCGAUGGCACAACAGGGAAGUGCCUCUACAGAGAUCGCGCAAACUAAUUCGAAUAUACAAAGGUCUACCGGCCAAUAUACGGCAACCCAUAAGUUGAAAGACCCAAAGUCCCUCACGCAAAAUCUUUUCGACACUCUGCCUUUGCGGAUGGUUGAGUGGCUUCCUCUCCGACGUCCGCAUGAUUCUUUCGAUUCGCGUCCCGACCAAAUACCAAUACAACCUGCGCCUCAUUCCCCAAAACUGGACAAUCACCCCAGCAAACCCGACUCUAGAAAGGACGAGCGUCCCCCGAGUCGCAGAUAUUCUGGUACUCCCAGUGGGAAUUACCGUGCUUAUUCGCCGCGGACCCCAAGCCGACAAUCGGCUGCGGUGGAGGUAAAGCUACCCAAUCAACAUGUGAAACGCCUUUCGCUCACCGAGUCGGAUCAAUGGUGUCAGGGUCCGCGGUCGAGCUUUGAGGAAAAGGUGCAUCCGGAACGAAAGCCGACCAAAAAACUUUCUAUCAAUGCGCAUGCAACUACGAAUGAAUUCACGCCACCGGCAUUGAAACACCGCCCUCAGAAACAUCGGGGACGAACGGGAGAUGUCAACAGCAUAAAGCCACUCGAGCGUCAGAAGAAGGAGAGACGCGUCUCCUGGGACGGAUCCAAGGUCUUGAAUGAUGUCCAAAAUAUUGAGAAUCGACAACCUCCAGCUGUGCCCUCAGAGACGCCGAUAGAAAUUCAGUCACCCAGUGACCGCAAGCCAAAGCGCAAGCCACAGCCUUGUCGCAAAGAGACUGUACCGACAGUUCAGACAGUUACACAUCUCUCAAAGGAGAUUGUAGAUGGGCUAGGGCAAGUCAUGAUACAGUCUGAGGAAGAGGCUCAACGGUGGAAAGAAGAACUUGAGUAUAUGGAGCUCACUGGUAACUACGAUGGUUCUGAGUGGUUUUCUGCAACACCUCGCCAGCAGCAGGCGUUUUCGUUUGUAGCUCAGUCAGUAUUCUAUUCAUUAAGCAGCCCGAGGCAAAUCCUGCGUUGCUUUCGACAGGGCACAAAUUCCAACAGCAACGGAAAUGACAAGUCAUCACGCCUUGAUUUUCAGGAAAUCCAAUCGUCACUACGCAAACUCACCACGAUAUGCCCCUGGGAUAUGGUCUUACAUAGCUUGUGGGAUGCUGUGGAAAAGUUAUUUGUUCCUCCCAAGGAGUUGCCCAUGUCUGGCAGACAUUCGCGGCGUUCAUCAGCGACUUCGAGCAUAGCAGCACCUCUAUCAGCUCCCAUACUUGCUCGUCAAACAUCUGAUUCUAUACAGGAAGAGCACGUCACCGAUGCGAAUGCCGCCCAUAUAGUUACGAUUGCACUUUUUGCCUUAGCCGGAUCAGUUCCUGAGGUAGACGCUCCAACAUGGCGAGGCAUUCUCCGGAUGCGUGCUAUUGGCACCGUCGCUCCGGAUGCUGAAAUGCGGAAUCUCCCGUCUUCAAGUGCUGAAUUGGUCACGGAGGUCACUGACAAAUUCGAGCAUGGGCUUGCUCUCCGGCUUGCGAAUCGCCUUGUUCGCGCCUUGACGGCGCGUUUAGCGUUCCAUGAGAUUUCCAAGGCACGCGAUUAUACCUUCUCGCUCAAAAGCAAUGUCUUGGACUUGAUUGUGGAUAAUCUCAGCGAACAAUACCUCACAACUUGUCCCAACAACCAGGAAUAUGGUGAGGCGCCCACUAACCAUCAUCCAGGUGCUCCUGCGAUUAUUACAGAAUGGCUUCGUACUCUUCUGCUUCGAGAAUGGGAUGGCAAUCCACGAAUCCCACGAAGCAGCACCGUUGGAGGCGCCGUGCAGAUCCUUUCUACACUAUACAAAGAACGGAAUCGACUCGGUCUUGUCCCCGAAGACUUCCACACACCAUUUUUUGCAGAGAGGCUGGAUCCUCUGGAGAUGCCUGUGGAAUGGCUGGGGACCAUGUCUAAUAAUAACAAGACUAUGCAUCUGUUGUCACACUCUUUCUUGUUCCCUCCGCCGGCCCUAGUCAUCUACUUCCGAGCUUUGAAUUACUCUGUUAUGUCUAAAUACUACGAGUCUGCGAUGACUACGACCCGUCACGUCACUCAGACAGCAUUUGGAGCUAUCCACGUCAAUGACGAUGUAUCCCUGCUGUCGAGGAUGAAGACGUCUAUGUCGACAUACUUGGUCCUCGUCGUGCGGCGAGACAACGUCGUUACGGAUGCAUUGAAUCAGCUUUGGCGACGCGAGAAGCGCGAACUAAUGCGUCCGUUGAAGGUGCAGAUGGGCAUGGACGAAGGUGAGGAAGGUCUCGACCACGGUGGCGUGCAGCAAGAGUUCUUCCGAGUGCUUAUGGCAGAGGCUUUGCAUCCGUCGUACGGCAUGUUUACCGUGGACCCGCGUACACGGAUAUCAUGGUUCCAACCAUGCUCGUUGGAGCCGCUAUAUAAAUUCGAGCUUCUUGGGCUUUUGCUGUCGCUUGCGGUGUAUAACGGUCUAACCCUACCAGUCAACUUCCCGAUUGCCUUUUACCGCAAGUUGCUUGGCCUCAAGGUGAAGCGCCUGGACCAAAUCCAGGAUGGUUGGCUAGAACUGGCCAAGGGUCUCGAGGGACUUCUGACGUGGCAGGACGGCGACGUUGCGGACAUAUUCAUGCGAACCUAUGAGUUCAGCUUUGAAGCAUUCGGGCGCGUGGAGACAGUUGAUAUGCAGCGCGUUGACCGAGACGCCAUGUGGCCACUGCCUUCGAGAUCCAUGCCUGUCGAUGGAAAAUACUCGACCGCCUGGUCAGACAUUCCUCAUUACGGAGACCGCGCGAACCUGAGUCCACCAUCCUCAAUGGCUGCCGAAGCGACGGAACUUAUGUCUUGCGAAUCGUCGCAUGGUGACUUUGCUAAAUCCAUGGAGGGUUCGAUAUCGAUACAGUCUCCGACUCCGCCAGCUGAAGAAGCGUGUCUCGUGACGAAUCGGAAUCGGCAUGAAUUCGUUAAGGACUAUAUCUUUUGGUUAACGGAUAAGUCGGUCCGGCCGCAAUACGAGGCGUUUGCGCGAGGUUUCUAUACCUGCCUCGAUCGAUCUGCUUUGUCAAUCUUCACUCCAGAGGCACUUAAAACUGUCGUUGAAGGUAUCCAGGAGAUUGACGUGAAAGAGCUGGAGCGGCAUGCGCGGUACGAGGGUGGAUUCGGUCCGAGUCACCCUGUUGUUCGAGAUUUCUGGAGCAUCGCGCAGAGAUUCUCAGCGGAGAAGAAGGCACAACUCCUGGAAUUUGUCACGGCAAGCGACCGCGUGCCUGUCAAUGGGAUUGCGAGCAUCAUGUUCGUUAUCCAGAAGAACGGAGUGGGGGAUGCUCGCCUUCCAACCAGUCUAACCUGUUUCGGUCGACUUUUACUCCCAGAAUAUUCCUGCAAGAGCGUAUUGGAAGAGAAGUUGAACAAGGCAUUGGAGAAUGCCCGGGGCUUUGGCGUUGCAUAGUUGGUUCAUACAACUCCGGCAUUUCGGCAUUAUUGGACAUACCCAUAGUGUACAUUUAGUAUAUUUAGUUGAUAUAUAGAGGCGAAGGGGCUUCUUUGGGGUAUCAUAUUGAAUUUACGGUUCUUAUUCUAG